AUGGCAGAGGAAGAGUAUGAGGAAGAAUACGAAUAUGAAGAAGUCGAAGAAGACGAGGAAGAGGAGGAAGACAAAAACGACGAAGACUAUGAGUUGGAGGAGAUUGAAGUUGAGCAAGACGCCGAAGAGCGUAAGGCCGAAAUCAUGAGAGCCUCUGAACUGAAAGAGAAGGAACUUGAAGACAUGUUGAAUGCCGAGUUGUUAGCCCUUCAAAACCAGGAUGCCAUCGAAAAGGAAAAACGCGACAGGCGUCGUAAAGAAAUUGAAUCAAUCCGGGAGGCUCGUGAAGCCGCUGAAAAGGCUGAGUAUGCCAAGAUUGAGCAAGAAGAGAGAGAACAAGCCGAGAGAAGAAAGAAAUUCAUGGAAGACAGAAAGGCUGAAAUAGCAGCCAAAAAGGAGAUGGACGAGCAAAAGCGUAUUGCCGAGUUUGAAAAAAUUGAACAGGAAGAAAGAGAGCAAGCUGAGAGAAUUAAAAGAGCUGUCAGCGAACGUAAGGAUGAACUCAGAAGGAAAAAAGAAGAAGAAGAACGUAAGAUCCAAGAAGAUUUCGAGAAACAACAACAAGAAGAACGUGACCAGGCCGAGAGAAUGAAAAGAUCUAUUUCUGAAAGACGUCAAGCCAUGCUUAAAAAGAAAGAAGAAGAAGAACGCAAGGCACAAGAACAAUACGAGAAGGAAGAAAGAGAACUUCUUGAACGUAAGGAGAAGAUGAAACAAGCCAGAGAAGAGCAAAAGAGAAUUAAACAACAAAAAGAAGAGGAGAAGCGUAAAAAAGAGCAAGAGCAAUAUGAACGUGAGGCACUUGAAGAGAAAAAUAGAAAGGAGUCGAUCAGUAAAGCUAUUUCAGACUCAAAAAUGAAAAGACAACAAGAAGAAGAGGAACGAAUUGCUUUCUUCAACAGAGUCAUGCAGGCAAAUCCAAAUGCCGACCAAGAAAAGAUCCAGGCUCUUUACCAAAGCUACAAAGAGAAGAAGGACGCCAUCGAAAAGGCAAAAGCUGACGCUACAAAGAUUUCUGGGACAAAGAAGGUUAAGAAGGUGAAAAAAGUCAAGAAAGUCAAAAAGGCGACGUCGGAAGUAGCUGAGGAGAACGGUGCCGAAGGGUCCAACAAGAAGGUCAAAAAAGUGAAAAAGGUGAAGAAAGUUAAGAAGGUCAAAAAAGUUAAGACGGAAGCCGUUGAAGAGUCUGUUCAGCCAGCACAACCAGAAGAAAAGAAGGAAGAACCAAAAGCUGAAGAGCCAAAAGUCGAAGAAAACAAAGAAGAGAAAAAGCUCACGAGAGAGGAACAAGAGAAAAUAAUCAAAGAAAAACAAGAAGCCCUUGCUAAAAGAAAAGCAGAAGCUGAGAAGAAGAGAGCUGAAAGAGCAGCUGAACUUGAAAGACGUAAAAAAGAGCUUGAAGAAAAGAAAGCCAAACUUGCCGAGGGAAAAUAA